GAAAGGAGGUGGCAGCAUUAUAAUCAGAAGCAUUAGUUUUAUCCAUGAACAGAAGAUUCUGCAGUGAAAUGGUCCCUGAAAUAAAUAUACCUACUCUAUUACACAGUCAGUCUACAUCAGCAUUCAAACAGGCAGGCAACCAAGGCUUCUUAAAUAACAAGUAAUGAACCAACCCACCAAACUUAAACACUUACAGACAAACCAAACCUGUUUCAAUCUUUCUCCUUCAUGUUUGUUUCUCUUUCACUUGAAUAACCUACUGCCUCUCUUUUUUCUUUUUCUUAUUUAUAUAGCUUGAUUUUCAACAAAUUUGUUCAUUGGGUCUCUUUUGAAUGAUGAGUGGAAGAAACAGGUUUCCUUUUACUGCAUCUCAGUAUCAAGAGCUUGAACAUCAAGCUCUAAUCUUCAAGUACAUGGUCUCAGGCAUCCCUAUACCACCUGAUCUCCUCUUCACCAUCAAGAGAAGCUGCUUGGAUACCUCACUUUCUUCAAGGCUUUUCUCUUACCAGCCUCAACAUAUUGGAUGGAACUGUUUCCAGAUGGGAUUAGGGAGAAAAGUGGACCCAGAACCUGGAAGGUGUAGAAGAACUGAUGGAAAGAAAUGGAGAUGCUCUAAAGAAGCCUACCCAGAUUCAAAGUACUGUGAAAGACACAUGCAUAGAGGCAAAAACCGUUCAAGAAAGCCUGUGGAAGUUAGUAAUGCAACAAUGGCAAAUCCUUCAACAGCAACUCAAAACAUCCAAUCGAUCACCAAGACACACCACCCUUCUUCUUUUUCUUCUCAUUCUUCCAUGUCCUUGUCUUCUGAAUCCCAACAGCAGCACCAACUUCGCUACCAUGGUUAUCAUUCCCAGGCGAAUCACCCCUUUAUGUAUCCCCAUGCAUCGAGACCUCCAGGGGUUGGACUGUCUCCUCAAGAAAACACCACACAUUCUCUCCUCGGCUCUGGCUCUUACUCCCAGACUAACAUGGAUUACAGGAGAAACAGUUAUGUUUAUGGGUUGAAAGAAGAAGUAGAUGAACAUGCUUUUUUCUCUGAACCUUCCGGUACAAUGAGGAGUUUCUCAGGUUCAUCUGUGGAUGAUUCAUGGCAACUUGCACCACUAACAAUGAGCUCCUCUUCCUCAAAGCAGAGGAACUGUUCUGGAUUACAGAGUGAAUACUCUUACUUGCAGCUUCAAAGCCUCACUGAUCACAACCCGAAACAAAACAAACAGGAUGAUGAUGAACAUUCCUAUAUCAAAUAUGAAAUGACUGAUGAAUUGGAGAAAGGAGAACCCCAAAAGACAGUCCAUCGUUUCUUUGAUGAAUGGCCACCAAAACAUAGAGAUUCAUGGCUUGAUUUGGAUGAUAAAUCAUCAAACAGCUCAUCAGUUUCAACAACCAGACUCUCUAUAUCCAUCCCUUCCACUUCACAUGACUUCCCCAUUUUCAAUUCAAGAGCUCAUAAUGAUGGUUGAAUGUCCAGUGGUAGGUUUCUGCAUUAGAGGCCAAAGAUGUACGUAGUGGGGAUCACUUCUUUCUGUGAAUUCUGACUGUUUAGUCUUUCAUUUAUUUCUUCCUUCUCCUUUGGCUUUUUGUUUUAUUGUUUUUUGUUUUAUUGUUUUUUGUUUUCUGUUCUCUUUUUGCUAAAUAUGGUUAAAUUGGGUUGUGUUUCUUUUUUCCCCUUAUUAAUGAAUGAUCCAAUGACUUCUUACUGGUUU